AUGAUUCGCUUGUCACGCCUAAGGCCCGCUUCAUGUGGCAGGCUUUUGCGUCGAUUUCUAUCAAGCGAUGCUCCGUCCACUUCAGCUAAUUCCACCUUGGAAACUUCAACUUCUGACAGCGCAAAUUCCAGCGCAGAAACAUCAAAGAAAAGCGAAUUCAAACCGUUGGUUAUACCUGGUCUAACAGUAACGGAAACAAAACAAACUGAAUUGUACCAAGCCAAAUUUUCUCAACUUCACGAGCAGAAGGUGGAGGAAGACGAUUGGAUGAGAGUUUGGCCCUGCGAGAACUUUUUCAGCCCCUCCAUGUUCCCUGCGCCUAUUCGUCAGGGCCACAGCAAGAACCUUGUUGAAAAUGGAGGCCUGCCUCCAGGCAAGUACGCCAACGCAGAACUCCUGAAAAUCCCCAACUUCCUCCACCUCACGCCCAGCCACAUAGAGAAGCACUGCGCGGCCUUGAAGAAAUUCACCACAAAGUGGCCCUCCGGACUGAAAUCCGACGAGGACGUCGACAAACACUAUCCUGUGGAGGUGGUCACGCGCGCUUUUGUCAACAGCGCACCCUCCAUCCGCGAUAGACGUGCACGACGAGUCAGUAUUCGGGUUCCAGUGAAGAGCCUCGGACUAGAUGAACACGGCCGCCUCAAGCUGUUGCGACUGGUGAAGGCGUACGGCUUCGAGCGAGGCAUGGGCCAGUACUACUCCGACGAGGAUGUGAUUGUACUCACCUCGGAGAGGUGCCCAAUAUCGCGUCAGAACUAUGACUACCUCGCAUACGUCCUCACCGUCUUAACCUUGGAGUCAAGGAAACACGAAGCUUGGGAGGACGACGAGACGGGGAGCUACCUCGACUUCAAGUGGGAGAAAAGUCGCCAACGCGAGCGCAUUCUCAAGCUUCUUUCGCCUCAAACCGCUACUCCCAGUGCCUCAGAGGUAAGCCCUCUUGUCUCAGCUAUAGACGAAUUGCCCGCGGUGAAGGCGUACAGAUCGGCGGUGGAGCAGAUGUUCAAGACGCCCACAGAGGAGGUCCUGGGUCCGUGGAAGAAACCUCGGAGGCAGCCACGACGUCGACACUACCACUGGCCGGAGAUAAAGGACGUCCCGCUGGAGCCCGUGGUCGGAGCUGACGAUCCCAGCCACCUCGAGGCCUAUGCGAAGGCUGUGAAGCAGUUGUACGCCUCCAAACACCCCUAG